UCCUCACAUGCCCAUAGACACCGCAGGGCGCACGGUGCCCUCCUCCUCCUCCUCCUCCUGCUCUCGGACCUGAAUUCAUUCUCUGAAAUCGAGUCGCACCAUGGAUGCUACUAUUUACGAGAUCAUUUUUGGAGAGCUCGGGGACGUGAAUUGUAGUUUGGUAGAGGCUUUCCAGGACACUUUUUUGGAAAACGCUUCAGUGUCAUUGCUGAGCGCUGACGGUUUAUAUUGCAAUGCCACCACCGAUGAGAUUGGAACCUGCUGGCCGCGCAGCAGCAGCGGCAGGAUGGUGGAGAGACCCUGCCCGGAGUACAUCAAUGGAGUGAAGUACAACACAACCAGAAGCGCUUACAGAGAAUGCAUGGACAAUGGGACAUGGGCGUUGAAGAGCAAUUACUCCAAUUGUGAACCCAUUCUAGAGGAGAAGAGGAAAUAUCCAACGCAUUAUAAAAUAGCGCUGAUCAUCAACUACUUAGGCCACUGUAUCUCUGUGGGAGCCCUUGUCGUGGCCUUCAUUCUCUUCUUGUGCUUAAGGAGCAUACGAUGCCUACGAAACAUCAUCCACUGGAAUCUGAUCACCACUUUCAUACUGAGGAAUGUUAUGUGGUUUUUGCUUCAGCUGAUUGACCACAAUAUCCAUGAGAGCAAUGAGCCUUGGUGUCGAUUAAUUACGACAAUAUACAACUACUUUGUGGUGACAAACUUUUUCUGGAUGUUUGUUGAAGGAUGCUACCUUCACACAGCCAUCGUAAUGACCUAUUCAACUGAUAAGUUGAGAAAGUGGGUCUUCCUCUUCAUCGGCUGGUGUAUUCCAUGUCCUAUAAUCGUAGCCUGGGCCAUUGGAAAGCUGUAUUAUGAAAAUGAACAAUGUUGGUUUGGUAAAGAGCCUGGGAAAUAUAUGGAUUACAUUUACCAGGGUCCAGUUAUUCUUGUGCUUCUGAUAAACUUUGUUUUCCUCUUCAACAUAGUAAGAAUUCUCAUGACCAAAUUACGGGCUUCAACCACGUCAGAAACAAUACAGUACAGAAAAGCCGUGAAAGCAACACUAGUCCUGCUACCUCUGCUGGGCAUCACCUACAUGCUCUUCUUUGUUAAUCCAGGGGAGGAUGACAUCUCACAAAUUGUGUUCAUCUAUUUCAACUCCUUUUUACAGUCUUUUCAGGGGUUCUUUGUGUCAGUGUUUUACUGCUUUCUAAACGGAGAGGUCCGUUCGGCAGUAAGGAAACGGUGGCACCGCUGGCAGGACAACCACGCCCUUCGAGUACGAGUGGCACGAGCCAUGUCCAUCCCCACGUCUCCCACCAGGAUCAGCUUUCACAGCAUCAAACAGACCACAGCUGUGUGAUGGAGGGAGCAGACACAUAAUCUCAACUGCAGCAUCUAUAGGGAGCAGACUUGUAACUUGCGUCCACUACGGACUAUGAAAUGAUUUGCAGAACUGACUAAUUCCUCUACCAAGGCCACCAUAUGUCCAGUGUGACUGAAGAGCCCAUGAGAUUUAUUUUACCUGAUGGCAAAGUCUAUUUUAAGUGCACAUGAAGUACAUAAGGUCGUAAGAGGAUUCAUUUUGUUAUAAUAUAUUAUACAUGACUUACAGGGUUGGGGAUUUUCUGACAAGCGGCCAUAAAAUGGCAUCAUCUUCAUCAUCAACAUCAUCAUCUCGAGUCUUACUGUGUUCUUAUCACUGCCACCUUACUGCUCAUUAGCGGAGAAAGAUAAUUCCACGGGAUUUGCAGUAGGAUUUCUCAACAGCCCACUUGUACGAGCAAGCCACUCCACUGUUUCUUAGAGGCGGGGCAAAGAGAGACACUUGAAAGUUGAUUGAUCAUGAUGCACUCACAUGUUGCCAAAUGGCCAUUUGUAUUUAAAAAAAAAAAAAAAAAAAAGCUCUUUGAGUUGCGUGCUCCUUGACAUCAACAGCUUCUUUACUCAGAUGGGAAAGAGGCUUUUUGAAAAACCGUACAAAAAAGAGCUUAUGAUUCCGUCAGGGCUCUCUGUAGUGAAAAGGGACUAAAAAUGUUUAAUGUCAAGUAAACAAUUGGCAUUCAUGAAAACACAAUCCUGAUGCAUAUGUCGUGGUAACUGUGAGCUGUGGCUAUUUUAUACGAACAAGCAAGGAGCCUUUAUAUAAUGUGUCCUCAAAGGGUCUGAGUCCUUUUUCUGUCAGUCAUCUUUUAUGCAACACUGAUUCUUUUGGUCCUGUACUGUAUGGUGGUAAACAUUAUUAAAAUACUUAGUUACAAGCUAACCUCUCUGUUCUGGCUGUUUGAUCUCACCACUAAUUUUGACACCCCCUUUAUCCGACUAUUCUCUCUUCUGGGAAGGACAGUGUCAACACGAGGAGCAAUUUGAUGCAUUGUCUGUUAGAACUUCUGUUCCAGAUGAGCAGAGAUAAGAUUAUAUGUAUCAUUGUAUAGACUGAAAGCAAUUCAGAGACAUUUACGGUAUGUGAUGUAUACAUAUGUUAAGCGCAACGCAGGGAUUUAUUGUACAGGCGCAGUGGAAGCAGAUUAUACUCUUUUUGGCUUUAUGAAAUCCUUCAGGCUUUCUCGUAAUCAGUGUCACAACUAAGCUUCUGGUUCUAAACGAGAGAAGCUUGAUGAAGUGAGAACCAAUUGCUUCCCUCAACACUUGCCCUGGUCAGGUCAACAUAUACGGGCCGCCUGUAAUGCCAGCUCUUAUGAGUCCUGGGGCUGCUCAUGCAACCAUAAUGGACACAACCAUGCAUCUGAUUUGGCAAGGCCUCAAAAUAGUUUUGUUUUCUGUUAAAGGGUAAAAAAUAGAGAUGAAAAAUUUGCUUUAAAACUUAUGUUCCCUUGUGUGUGUCCACAAAGAGGAGUUUUGUUUUGCCAGAUUACAUGAUGAAGAAUGUUAGAAGAUCUGUUUGACAUUUUGGGAAAUACUCUUAUUGGCCUGCGGAGAUGGAUAGCAAAGUAAAUGUCAGUCUUAUAUCUGGUUUUUAAUUAUAAUUCUAUAGUAGGUGUUUGUUUUUAUGUAUAGGUUGAACAAAACAAGCCACUUCUGCAAAUUGCUGUAAGUGAGCAGCAGUGGAGUAGCAGCUUCUCUCUGCCUCUGGUUAUAUGCUAAUUAAGCAUAUUCCCCAAAAUAUCAAACAAGUCUUGAAAUGGAUAUUGUUGAAAUGACUUUGUUGUGUAUUUAUUUAUGUGUUAUUUAUUUAUUUAUAUGCAUAUUUACUUUGUAAAAAUGUCUUGAAAAGACUGUGAGUAAAUGUGUUUGAGGGUGUUGUACAGAACAGAAAAUAUUUCAUCACGUCUUGAUGUAAAAUUAACUUUUCAUAUUUGUAUUUUGUAAACUUUUGUUACAUUACAGCGGACAUUUUUUUUUGUUGUUGAUGUGCUGCUUGGCUGGGCCGACGGGGGCCGGUGCAUUAAAUAUUAAUCACAAAACGACUUUGAUGUAAAUAUUUUACCUGCAUUUCUGCAGCAUCACAACUUGUGCAGCUGUAACAAUGCACACCCUUCCAUGGCACAAAAACACAAGAGUAUUAAAUUCCAUUAUAGUUGUGAAAUAUUUUCAUAUUGAAAAUUUAAAAAAAUGACAUGUAUUCAAAUUCACCAAAGAGACCAAUUAUGUUUACCAACAUACAGAUUUUAUAUUGUCUACUUAUUUCUAUAGUUUCCACUAAACAUUAUUGAUUAAAUCUUGUUGACUUUAUUUUGUAUAUCAUUUGCUAAUUUACUGUACAUGAAGUGUAUUCAACACAGUUUGAUGUCAGACCUACUAAUUUUUCUGGAAACCACCCAUGUUGCCUUACAAACAAAAGGAAAUUGAUUUUUUUGUGGAAAAAAGCUCUUGUCUCUACAAAUGAAGCGUCAUUGUGUUACUGCCAUGACUUGUACAUGUAUGUGUGAAAGAAAAGCAUUAAUUUGAAUUAAAAUUGUACUCUUGUU